AUGUUACAAGUAGAAAAUCCAGCCGCCUUUCGACAUUAUAUAGAUGAACCAACAGAAAAUGAUAGUAUUAUUGCUCAACGAGUAUUUAAUACAUAUAAACAAAUGCAUACAUAUCAAUGUGUAGAUUUUGUUCGUAAACAACAUGAUCGUUGGUUAAAAUUUGAUCAUGAUCGUAUGACGAUUUAUCAAGCAUUAGAAAAAUUAAAUGAAUUUGUUGAUGAAAGUGAUCCUGAUGUUGAUGUACCAAAUAUCUAUCAUGCAUUUCAAACAGCUGAAGCUAUACGAAAAGUAUAUCCGGAUCAAGAUUGGUUCCAUUUAACUGGUCUUAUACAUGAUUGUGGAAAAGUUUUAGCAUUGUAUAAUGAACCACAAUGGGCUGUUACUGGUGAUACAUUUCCUGUUGGAUGUCAAUUAAGUGAAAAAAUUGUUUAUCGUAAAAAUACAUUUGAAAAUAAUCCAGAUUUAAAUCAUCCAAUUUAUUCAACAAAAUAUGGCAUGUAUACACCAAAUUGUGGUCUUGAUCAAUGUAUGAUGGCAUGGGGACAUGAUGAAUAUCUUUAUCGUGUUUUGACUAAUCAUCCAACAUGUACAUUACCGGAUGAAAGUUUGUAUAUCAUACGAUAUCAUUCAUUUUAUCCUUGGCAUACAGGUAAUGAUUAUAUGUAUUUGUGUAAUGAAAAAGAUCUUCGUAUGUUGGAAUCGGUUCGUCGUUUUCAAAAAUUUGAUUUAUACACAAAAACUGAUCAUGAUUUACCAAAUAUUGAUGAACUUAAACCAUAUUAUUUAUCGUUAAUUGAAAAAUAUAUUCCAGGUCUUGUUGCCUGAGGCAAGCAUACUCGAUGUCAUAUUUACUCAUAUCCGCCUUUUAUGUCAUAUUAUGGUGAUAUUACAAAUAAUUUUUCAGAUGAAUUUGAUCAAUUUAUGACUUGUUUUGAAGAUCUAUCAAAUGAAUUAUUAUGUGAAGUAUUUGAUUAUCUUGAUGGACAUGGUGGUUUAUAUAAAGCAUUUUCAAAUCUUAAUUCUCGAUUUGAAGAACUUGAUUAUCAAUAUUAA